UUUUUUCAAGGACAUAGCGAUAUUACGAAUUAAGUAAAUUUGUAAACAAAAAGUCGCUAAAAUUUGACCGAAAAGUAUGGAAGAAUACGCACGUGAACCAUGUCCUUGGCGAAUAAUAGAUGACUGUGGAGGCGCUUUUGCAAUGGGUGCAAUUGGUGGCUCAGUCUUUCAUUCAAUCAAAGGCUUUCGCAAUGCUCCAAGUGGUAACUACAGACGACUAAUGGGCAGUUUGCUAGCAGUCAGAGAAAGAGCACCCAUAACCGGCGGGAAUUUUGCUGUCUGGGGCGGUUUAUUUUCAGCUAUCGACUGCACCAUGGUCUACAUGAGGAAGAAGGAAGACCCAUGGAAUUCCAUCACAAGUGGGGCCCUGACUGGGGCCAUCCUGUCUGUCAGAAAUGGAGCCGCAGCGAUGGCAGGCUCUGCAGUCAUAGGCGGUGUAUUGCUAGCAUUAAUUGAGGGUAUAGGUAUCAUAAUCACAAGAACUACAGCUGACCAGUUUAAAAUGGCCAACCAUCAAUCUAUACCGACAGCCAAUGCUGAUCUUCCGACAAACACACAAGGACAAUAUCAAUAAAAUUAUUGCCAUUAUUAUUACUCUUAUUAUUAUUAUUACUUUAUCAAUAGUAUUUUUAUUUUUAUUAUAUGUAUAUAUAUAUAUAAAUAUAUUUAUUACAUGUAUAUAUAUAAUAUUACGCCAAUACAACGUCAUUGUCAUCUUUUGGACUAUUUAUACCUGUUCAUAUUUUUUUGGGGGCUUUUGUUUAAAAAAAUUAUUUAGGAUAACAUGAAGUGUUGUUGACUGGUUUUGCUUUAAACCAUAAGCAUCGAGAUUCUUUUUCUAUUAUUUAUUAUUAUUUAUUUGUUUAUUUAUAUAUUUAUUAUGAAUUAAUAAAUAGGAAUUUUGUUGGGUGACAAUACUGGUAGUUUUUGAGGGUUAAGUUUAUUAUAAUAAUGCGAUGUAUUUUUUUCAACUUUUUAUAGUUAUAUUUUUAUUUCAAUUCAUUAUUAUUAAUAAUGUUAUUAUUAUUAUUAAUUUUAUUAUUAUCAGUAGUAGUAGUAUUGACUUUUUUUGCUCAUUUCAUUGUUGCAGGCUGAAAUUUUCAACUUAAAAUCAAUCAAUCAAACUCUCAUAUUUCUUAGCAUUUCUUAGCAACGUUAAAUAAUAUUAUUACGAUUAAAUUGGUUUUUAAUAAUGCUAUAUAAUCGUUCAUUUAUUUAUAAUAUAAUUAUUCAUAAUAAUAUUUUAGGUACUUUUUUUUAUUUUUUGAGCCAAAUUUCUGUACAGUUGAAAUAUGUUUUCUAUUAGAUCCAUCUAUCUAUUAAUCCAUCUACCUAAUGUAGAUGUAUGUCUGUAAAAUAGAUAUGAAUAAAAUUCUCUGAAGUGUU